GGGGGAAACGGCCUCCAGCUUUCUUCCUCCCUGCCUGCGUCUGCCACCGGCAUCGCCAUCGCCCGGUCGCCCCCACCACUAGACGUCCGCCUCCAGGCCUCCUGGCCCGGGAUCCGACGUCUUGGAAAUUGGAAUAUCCCGUCUCUCUCCUGCUCACCUCCCGCAAUUUCUCCUCGCCGUCUCGCCUCGCCCCGGAGCGGAGGCCGAGUGCGCUCCCCCAUCCCGGCAUCCCCGCCCAAAUGGCUGCCACCUUCCGUCUGCUUAUCCUCGUCCUAGUCCUCGUCGUGUGCCCCUCCGCCCGCGCCGCCCGCGACGCCGACGCCGUGGUGUCCAGGAUCGCCUUCGGCUCCUGCGCCAACCAGAGCGCGCCCCAGCCCAUUUGGGACGCCGUCGUGGCGUUCGACCCGCAGGUGUUCGUCUGGCUCGGGGACAACGUCUACGGCGACAACAAGCGCCCGUUCCAGGUGUUCGGGAAGGAGCGCACGGUCGGGCCCUGGAAGAACGUGCCGCGGUUCUACCCCUCCACCGAGGAGGAGCUGCGGAGGCGAUACCAGCUUGCCAAGGCGAAGCCCGGGUACGCCAGCCUCAGGGAGAGGGCUCAGGUUAUUGGAACAUGGGAUGACCAUGAUUAUGGAUUGAAUGAUGCAGGAAAAGAAUUUAGUGGGAAAGUGUUUACUCAGAGGCUUCUGCUAGAUUUCUUGGAUGAAGCUGAAGACAGUAAACGGAGGAAACAAGCUGGUGUUUAUACCUCAUAUAUGUUUGGCCCUGAAGGAAAACGAGUGAAGGUAAUCUUGUUGGAUACCAGAUAUCACAGAGACCCACUAUUAAGUGAUGGAACUAUUCUGGGAGAUCCUCAGUGGCAGUGGCUGGAGAGGGAACUUCAUGGUCCUCAAUCAGAGAUCACUGUCAUCGGAUCUUCUAUCCAGGUAGUGUCUAAUCUUUCUGCUACAACUGGACCUUUGUUCUAUGUGGAGUCCUGGGCACGCUUUCCAAGGGAGAGAGAAAGGCUGUUCAGAUUGAUUGAGAGCAGCAAGAGAAAUGGAGUGAUAUUUGUUAGUGGUGAUGUUCAUUUUGGAGAAAUUGCUAGAUUCGACUGUGGAGUUCAAUAUCCAUUGUAUGAUGUUACUUCAAGUGGUCUUACCCAGUCUGUUGACAAUUCUGUGCCAGUAGUCUUUCAACCUAUUAUGAGACUUCUGGCAGUAUUAACGCCAACUACCAUGCGAGUCCUAAACCCUAACUGCCUGUAUAAAUCAUGUACUACAGGCCAACCAAAUUUUGGAGCAAUUGAAAUUGAUUGGAAUGCUGUACCUCCGCGGAUUAAACUUGAACUGAGAGAUGUUGAGGGCCGUUCUGUUCACAGUGUGGAGUUCCCUAUAUCUGAACUGCAGCCAUCAGGUGCGCUUGCAAUGAAGAAACAAGAACAUGCUUUUCAACGGCACUGUACUCUUGAGACAGAGCUUCCAUGGCUAACACAAUACCGGCUCGCUCUGCUGUUCUUUGGUACCAUAGCUGUUUUUAUCAUAGCCGUGGUGCUGCUAGCAAUCACCUGCUUGUCAAGUAUCCUUAUGUGCAGUAAAAAGACCAAGAAAGAAUAGUUGUGGGGUUUGCCGAGGACAAAAGAAGAUUCUCGGUCCAACUACACUUGAAGCUGAACUUCAAACUGACCAGGAACACCGCAGGCCCAUCCAUGAGCCCGCAGGAACCAAGAUGACACCUCAGUAUCAAUCAGUACACCACGCUGUGCAAUUUACAACGGCACAGAUUGAAUAGACAUAUGUUAACUGACAAAUACAACCUUGUACUGCCCCUCCAUAUAGGUUUUGUCGUGACCCUUUUUCUUUUCAUGUCCGUGCUGCUCCAGUACAGAUCAUGACAUCGGGCAACUCCCUCUUCCGGAGGUGAGGCCAGCGGUGGUGCGUGUUGUCAAAAUAGCAUACUGCUUCCCCGUUUCACCGUUUCAAAUUAUAGUUUGUUUUAUCUUUUCUA